UAAUUCCUAUGCCAUCAUUCGUAAUUAUAGCAGAGGUAGCCGGAGAAACUUUAAAUUCUUCAGCUGCAUAUUUUAAUACCGCAGUAAAAGGAGCAUCUUCGGGCACAUUCAAUACUUUAAAAGGCAAUUUAGGAUCCGAGUUCCAGUUCGUUAGUUGUACAUGAAACAACACAAUUGAUCGAUGCCUGACGAUUGUAAAUUUAAGGCAGUAGUAUGCCUGAAUGCAGUUUUCAUUCCAUUCUAAUGUUCAGAAGAAGCUGAAAGUUUUUGAAUAAUGAAAGUAUGCAGCCUAAGACGUUUGCUAAAGUACACUUUGCUCAUAUCUCUGACAUCGUUUAUUACCACGGUGAUUUUUCAUCUUGUGCGGAAAAACAACCACAUUCAUCCACGAUCUAUUCAUGAUGAUUUACCCUACGAAGACAGUUCAGCAUCAGCUGAAAAAAUUAAUUGGCACGAUGUGAGUCUUAUUGCGGAAGAAGGAAAAAGAUCCGGAAUUGGCGAACAUGGCGCAGCAGCUACUCUUCCUCCAAAUCAUAGUAAAGCAAAGUAUGCUGAUCUUUAUGGUUCGAACGGAUAUAAUGCGUUGAUUAGUGAUUACAUAUCAGUCAACCGCUCAGUACCCGAUAUCAGACAUCCUGACUGCAAGUAUAAGAAAUAUAGAAGCACACUUCCAGAUGUAAGUGUUAUUGUGCCAUUUCAUAAUGAACAUUGGUCAACAUUACUCCGUACCAUUUUUAGCGUAUUAAAUCGUUCACCCACUAAAUUAAUCAAAGAAAUCAUUUUGGUAGAUGAUUCCAGUACUAAAGCGCAUUGUAAACAACCUUUAGAUAAGUACAUCAAAGAAAAUCUUCCCAGAGUAAAAGUUAUUCAUUUGAAGAAACGUCAAGGAUUAAUAAGAGCAAGAUUGGCAGGAGCAAAAAUAGCUAAAGGACAAGUUUUAUUAUUUCUAGAUUCACAUACCGAAGCGAAUGUUAAUUGGUUACCUCCGUUAUUAGACCCAAUAGCCGAAAAUUACCGUACUUGCGUGUGCCCAUUCAUUGAUGUAAUCGAUUACGAGACUUUCCAAUAUAAAGCUCAAGAUGAAGGGGCACGAGGAGCUUUCAAUUGGGAAUUUUAUUACAAAAGGUUGCCUCUUUUACCUGAGGAUCGUUUGGAUCCUACCAAACCGUUCAAGAGUCCUGUUAUGGCUGGUGGAUUAUUUGCUAUUUCUGCUCAGUUCUUUUGGGAAUUAGGUGGUUAUGAUCCAGGUCUUGAUAUUUGGGGAGGAGAACAAUACGAAUUAUCGUUCAAAAUUUGGCAAUGCGGCGGUACUAUGGUUGAUGCUCCGUGCUCUAGAGUUGGGCAUAUUUAUAGAAAAUUUGCACCUUUCCCGAAUCCUGAAAUUGGAGAUUUCGUUGGCCGAAAUUAUAGACGAGUAGCUGAAGUGUGGAUGGAUGAAUACGCUGAAUAUUUGUACAAACGUCGUCCUGAGUAUAAGAAAAUUAACCCUGGAGAUUUAACCGAGCAACGCAAGAUCAGAGAAAAAUUGAAAUGUAAACCAUUUAAAUGGUUCAUGGAGAAUGUAGCAUUUGACCUGACUAAACAUUAUCCGCUUGUUGAACCACCUGAUUAUGGAAAUGGACAGAUCUCGCCAUAUGCCUAUAGAGACUGGUGUUUGACAGCAAAUAAAGAGAAUCGCAGCACUGAUCUUCAGAAGUGUGAUGAUAGUAAUGACUAUGGACUUUACAAGGAAUUCAUUCUUAGUUGGCAUAAAGAUAUUCAGGUGAAAGAAACAGAAAUGUGCUUGGAUGUUUCUUCCUUCGAAGAUAGAUCUCCAGUCAAAUUAUACCAAUGCCAUUUCGAUCAAGGAAAUCAACUUUGGAGAUAUAAACUGAGUUCCAAGCAGUUGGUGUUUGGUUUGAACAAAAGGUGCUUAGAAUACGAUUUUGAAAAGAAGACAGUAUUCGUUUCCACGUGUAAUUCAAAAUCACGAACUCAAAGAUGGCACAUAGGUCAUGUAAAUGAACAAGCUUUGCUCAAAUGGAAAGAAACCAUACCAAUCGUAAAUUCUUAGAACUUGAGAGGUAAAAUUUGGUGGUCUCUCUGAAUGCCAACAAUACAAACAAAUGUUGCCAUAUUUUAAUAUUCGCAUUUUUCCAUACUUACAUGUGGAUUUUCCCAUUUUAUACUAUAUAAAAGAAUUCACAACGAUUACUUAUCCAUUUUCGUCUGUUGUUUUCGUUGUUGUUCAAUUAAGUGCCAUUUUUAAUUUUAAUUUUUAUUAUUAUAAUGCGCGAAUCAAUUUGUAAUCGAUAUUUUUGUAUGAAUUUAUAAUCAUUAAAAGUCAUUUUUUUUUAUUGAACCUUGUAAUACAAAGAGUAUUACCCUAAUAAAUAAGUUCCUUUUGAAUGAAAUAAGUUGAAUUUUAAAUAGAUUCUUCUCUUUUGUACCAAAAUUUGACAUUAAUGUAUGUGAUUUAUUAUUUUCAUUUUAUAAUAUAUGGAACGUGUAUCCAA